GACUGUAGUGUCCGGUAAUCGAAGAAAGGAAAAAAUCGAGUUUGCUCGAUAUCACCGAGUAGAUUCUUCUCUAGAAUCCAACUCGCAACUCCGAAGACUGCAGAGCUACUGAUACGAUGCCGACCGGAGGCCACGGCGACCCUCGUGGAAAGAAAAACAGCGACAAAGACAACACCGUCGCCAAGGCUGCUGGAUUCGUGGUGUUCUCUGGUAUCGCCAUUAGUAUUCUCAAAACCCUCAACCCUUUCAACAACAACAACAUCAGCAGCAGCUGCAUCAGUAGCAGUAGCAGUAGCAAAUCGUGCGAGCCAACUCCGCCAUUUCUAGAAUCCAAGUGUCCCCCUCCUCCAGAACCCAUCAAGAAGCCGGUGAGAUCCCAGGAGCAAGAGUUGCCAUGGUCGUCGUGUCAAACCAUAGAGAUUGCGAGGGGAGAUACUCUUUGGGGCCUCUCUCGGAAAUAUGGGGUAUCGAUUGAUGCGAUCAAGGAAGCUAAUGGGUUCACAAGGGACACUAUUUAUGCUGGGGAGAAGCUCGUUAUUCCUGAUCCUUGAUGUUUUUUUUCUCUGCUUCUUGUUUGCGGUUGUUCUUCUCUGUGUUAGAUUUCAAGUUUAGGGGUUUCUUUUGACUCUGGAUUGGAGCGUAAGAACCGAGAGGAUGAACAAUGAAUGUAACUAAGAGAGGAACAUAGAAGAGUAAAGAGAUUGUUUUUGGAACCCUAAAUGGCUGCCAGGGGCUCUGCAAUGUUUCUUUGCUCAUUUGCUGUUUCACACCACUAAUUGCCAUGUUACUACUAUCUUUCUAAUU